CUUGGUUGCGGUUUCCAUUUGGAUUGAUGAUUGAACGAAGAACACAGAAUGAGGGCCGUGUGUCUGGCUAAGUCGCCCUCUUUUCCCAGAGGAUGGCAAAGGGCUGCAGUUGAACCUGAUCAGAGACCGGUGGCUUUUAAAGAUGUGGCUGUAUAUUUCACGGAGGGACAGGGAGCGCUGCUGGACCCAGGUCAGAAGGCUUUAUACAAAGAGGUCAUGAUGGAGAAUUAUGAGAAUGUGGCCUCAUUAGGGUUUCCAGUCCCCAAGCCUAACCUCAUCUUGUGUCUCGAACAAGGAGAAGACCCAUGGUUGCCGGAUCCUUUCAGCUUCAGUGGUACACGGCCAGGUGUUCUGAGGAAGAAGAACGCAUGUCGCAAGUGUGGAAAGUGCUUCGCUCAGAAGUCAGAUCUUGCCAUACACCGAAUUGUUCACGUGGGGGAGAAACCUUUCAAGUGUGUGGUGUGCGCGAAAUAUUUUGUCCAUCAUUCGGAGCUUGUGAAACACCAGCGAGUCCACACGGGAGAAAAACCUUUCAAAUGCCUUGAGUGUGGGAAAUGUUUUUCCCGCCAGUCAGUCCUUGUGAAUCACCACAGAAUCCACACGGGAGAAAAACCCUACAAGUGUCUGGAGUGUGUAAAAUGUUUUACCCAGAGGUCUCAACUUGUCAGGCACUUAAGAGUCCACACAGGGGAGAAGCCUUACAAAUGUUCAGAGUGUGAGAAAUGUUUUGCCCGUCAUUCAGUCCUUAUAAAUCACCAAAGAGUGCACACAGGAGAAAAACCAUAUAAAUGCCUGGAAUGUGCAAAGUGCUUUGCACGCCAGUCAGUCCUGGUGAACCAUCAGAGAGUCCACACUGGAGAAAAACCAUACAAAUGUCAGGAGUGUGGGAAACUUUUUGCUCACCAGUCAAAUCUCGUCAACCACCAGCGAGUCCAUACAGGAGAGAAACCCUACAAAUGCUUUAAAUGUGAAAAAUGUUUUGCCCAGCAGUCUGAUCUUGUGAAGCACCGGAGAAUCCACACUGGAGAGAGACCCUACAAAUGUCAGGAGUGUGGGAAAUGUUUUGCUAUACAUUCAGAUGUCGUGAAUCAUCAGAGAGUCCACACAGGAGAAAAGCCUCAUAAAUGUCAGGAGUGUGGGAAAUGUUUUGCUCAACGUUCGGCCCUUGUGAGCCAUCAAAGAGUCCACACGGGAGAGAAACCCUACAAAUGCCAAGAGUGUGGGAAAUGUUUUGCUCAGCUCUCGAACCUUGUGAAACACCAGAGAGUUCAUACAGGGGAGAAACCAUAUAAAUGCUUAGAAUGUGGCAAGUGUUUUGCUGACCACCCAGCUUUUGUCAGGCACCAGAGGGUUCAUACAGGAAAGAAACCGUAUAAAUGCCUGGAGUGUGGGAAAUGUUUUGCUGAUAGGUCUCACGUUGUAGCUCACCAGAAAGUUCAUAGAGGAAUGAACCCCUACAAAUGCUCCGAAUGUGGGGAGUGUUUUGACCAGCACUCCGCCCUUGUGAGUCACUGGAUGAUCCACACGGGAGAGCAACCCUACGAAUGUCUGGAGUGUGGCAAAUGCUUUCCUCGGCCUUCAGCCCUUGUGAAACACUGCCGGGUCCACACCUCAGAGAAACCCUACACGUGCUUGGACUGUGGGAAAUUUUUCGCCCAACAAUCGGGGCUUGUGAAGCACCAGCGCACCCACACUGGAGAAAAGCCUUACACGUGCUUGGAGUGUGGGAAGUGCUUUGCUGAUGGCUCAUCCUUCAAGAGGCACAGAAGAGUUCACACAGGAGAAAAACCCUUCACGUGUUCAGACUGCGGGAAAUGCUUUUCAGAUCGUUCAAAUGUUUUGGCUCACAAGCGGGUUCACACAGGGGAGAAACCCUACCGGUGCUUGGAGUGUGGGAAAUGUUUUUCUCAUCGGUCGCACAUUGUAAAACACCAGAAAUUCCACAUGAAAAGGAGAGUAGCUAAGUGCCCACAAACCCAAGGGUUAGUGGCAGAUGGGUUACUUGAUCCUGGGACACCCAAACUGCAUCUUGGAAGCAAUGAGUUACAAGUCACCUAAUUGUUGUCACACAUUUUCUUUUCUUUUGCAAGAAACUUGUAACAAAGUUACAUUGAAGAGGAUCAUCAAACAUGGGAAUGAUUAGUUUACUGGUGAAGUAAAUACUGGGACUAAUUAAUACUGGGACCGCCUAGAGUGGUCCUCA